GAGAUGGCCAACAGCCAACAGCCACACCCGCCGGGACGAGCUGCACCCGAAAAUAGAUUCCUUCUGUCCAACAUCAUUCUGCAAUGCUAUCUUACCUAGUUCAUAUGGCUGACACUACUAUGAUCAUGAAGUUUAUUAAAUGAGAGCGACUCCCGGUGAUAAUGUAGCUAUUAGUUGUAGUUCGUAUCAUAGACAUCUCCCUCAAGCUUCAUUCUCCGUCCAAUCUUAAUUUCUCAGAUUCAAAUAAUUGUAAUGUCAUUGUUACGACCUUCCAGCCUCGCCCUCGGGCUGGCGUGUCUUUCAUCUCUUGCAGCUGCUGCCCAUAUCGAAGUCACUGUUGGCAAAGACAGCAAAUUAGAAUUUAAUCCACCAAGUAUUAAGGCAGAGAUUGGCGACACCAUAACAUACAAGUUCUUCUCCAAGAACCACGCCGUUGCUCAGUCGACAUUCGCCGACCCCUGUCAACUACAGGAAAACGGCAUAUUUUCUGGCUUCACUCCUAAUGCGUCUCCGGAUACCGCCGCCCCCACAGACUUCACCAUUACUGUCAACGACACGAAACCCUUGUGGUUCUACUGCCCCCAAACAAAUGGGAACCACUGUCAAAGUGGCAUGGUUCAUGCUGUCAACCCUCCGGAAACGGGAAAUACAUUUGAUGCCUACAAGGCCAAGGCGCAACAAGCUGCGACCCCAAGCACACCGCCCGUCGGUACUCUUCCCGUCGGUGGACUGCGAAAACUCCAUAUCGAUGUUGGCUUCAAUGGCCAACUGAUGUUCAACCCCAACAACGUCACCGAGCUUGUCGGCACUGUUGUUGAAUUCAGCUACAACCCAGCUAAUCACUCCAUCGUUCAAUCAUCCUUCGACAAGCCAUGCCAGCCCAUCGAGCGAGACGGCGGUGGUUUCGUGGCCCCUUUUGUGCCUACGAAACAGGCCCCAUCCGGCGUAACCUUUGAAGUAACGCUCACGAAUCCAGACCCAAUCUGGUUCUACUGCGCGCAAACGACGAAAUCGCACUGCCAGUCAGGCAUGUUGGGAUCAAUCAACGCUGCGACCGAGGGCGACAAGACAUUCCAAGCCUUCAAGGACCUCGCGGCGACGGCGCCUCCCAGCACAAUCGGCCCGGAAACGCCGCUCGUGGGCGCUCUGAAGCUCAACGGGACUUUCAUCGCCAACGUUGGGGGUAACGUCCUCGACAUCACAACGCUAGACCCGGCGCUCGGCGGCCAGAUCCCCCAGCCUGGCAUGAACUACCCGCCUUACAUCGGCGGCAUGGCCGGCGGGAACCAGCCCGCCAACUACAAUUGGGGUGAUAACAUCACAGACGAGGCGGUCGCCGUCUUGCGUGCGCUGCAAUACAUCGAUAACUUCAUCGUGGCGCUCCUCCUCGAAGGAUUCAACCUCCUCAGCCAAGGGCAAUGGAGCGAGGCGUACCCGAACUCAAUCAAACAGACCAUCGGCUCGCUCGUCGCGCAAAGCCUGAUCCACCGGCGCACGUACACGGACACGCUACAGCACUUCGGAAAGGACGUCGUCCCCGUGUGCGACAAAUACGACCUCGCGACCGCGCUCACGGACGUCGACACCUGGCUCGGCACCGUGCUGACGGGCCUGCAUCUCUCCAUCGGCGCGACGCUCGACGCUCUGAGCGCCGUGGGCGCAAGUGAUCCGUGGGCCACGCCCGCCCUGGCCACGGGGAUCGGGUCGCAGGCGCGCAUGAGCGCCCUCGUGAAUCUGAUGCAGAACCAUGUAGCCGCGGCCGCACCGCGCGAGGUCCUCCUGCCAACUUCCCUAGCGACAUCGUACGUCGCCGCGCACUACGCGACGGACUCGAGCUGCGCGCCCCCUUCGGCCGACGGGAAAGCGAAGGCGAUCGCAAAACUAGUCAUCAAGGAUAAGACGCUGCAGCCCGACACGAACCGCGUCAAGGAGAUCACGGUGGAGAUCCCCGAGGACAAGAAGGGCGACGGGCUCUUCAUCGCGUGGUUGGGGCCCUGGGGCGGACUGAAGUAUACCUCUGUCGACGGGAUCUCGGGCAAGGCUGCUGUGCCGGACUCGUUGUCCGGACACGUCUGGGCCGUCAUGACGAGCAAGAGCGACGUCGCUGCUGCUGAUAUCGAUACUGUGGCUGUUGCUGGGCCCGAGAUCAUGUGGGUUUCGCAGCAGUGGUCUGUGACGGAUUUGUAGAGGAGAAAGAUGGUGCUGGAGAGAAGGCGUAGGAUUUGGGGAAAGGGGGUAGUCCGAUGAAGCGGCCUUUACUUCCUGUUGCUGUUAUGGAUAAUAUUUAGA